AGAACUAAAGUAAUAUGUUUGAUACAUAAUGAUUAACUUAAAAGCUGAGUUGCUGAAGAAACAACACGAAUAUAAAGACAAGAAUAAUUCCAAAGAAAUUCCUAAACCACUUCCAUGGAAAAAGAACAAAGAGAAAGAGGAGAAGAGCAAAAGAGUGGGAGUGAGUAACAAAGGAGUGGAAGAUAGAAACAAUCGAGAUCUUGCUCAUGAGGAGGAAAAUAAUAAACUUAACAAAGUGCAAUCAAUCUUAGAAGCAAAGACACGAAUGUACGAAAAGUUGACGUCGGGUGAAAUAAUCCCAGAUAAAGAUGACGCACAGAUGUUUAUGGUGGAUUUCGAACAAAAGUCGAUUGAUGCUUGGAGGAAUAAAGCGGAGAAAGGUGAAUCAUCGAAACCUGAUGUUAAGGUGAAAGUGACGAAUGAAGUUCAAAAAGUUAUCGAUAAAGCAAAGGAUGAAUGGGUGGAAUACGUGGAUAGUUUGGGCCGAACACGAACCUGUAAGGAAUCGGAGCUUCAUCUUCUGCAGAAGAUUGAUAAGAAACUUGACGGCAAGGGAGCAUCAGGUCGUACUUUGAUGUCGGAGGACAUGAGGAGGGAGGAGGAGAGAGAACAAUGGGAGGAAGAGGAGAGGAGCAAGAUGGAGGAAGGUCCUCUUCAUUAUGAGAAUUUAAGGGAUGGAGAGGUUCGUGAGUUGGGCGUUGGUUAUUAUUCGUUCUCGGGCGAUGCUGGGAUGCGGGAGGAGCAGAUGAGGAGGCUGGGGAGGAUGAGGGAGGAGACGGAGGAGAUGAAGAGGAGGAAUAAAGAGAAGAAGGAGAAACAAAAGAGUGCACUGGAAACUCGAUUGGAAAAAGUUCGUCAAAGAAGAGUGAAGAAAUUGUUGGAUCAAGGCAGGGAAAUCCCCCAAUCUUUGAAGGAGCCAGUCAAACUAGAACGAGAGGUUGAAGAGGAGGAACCAGCAGCUCCUGUUGAGGAAGAUGUUGCCGUGGUAACAACAUCCGGAACAAGGGAGUGGGAUGAAGGAAAAGGUGAUGUUUGGAGCCCCGCCCAACCCAAGAAACCACCAACAAAUUGGAAAGAUCCUCGCGAGGAAAGACUCGAUGAAUUUGCUCCUCCUUCAUCUUACUUCCAAGGAGCAAAGAGGAAAAACAAUCAUCCUGGUCCUCUUGGACCCCCUGGUCCUCCAGGUCAUUCUGAAUCAAAACAUCCAAAGAUUGAUGAACAAAUUACCCAACAAACUAUGCAAAGCAACCCACACGCACCCCCUACUUAUACACACCCACCCCAACCCCCUUACCCCAACUGCCCCCCAUUUAACCCACUAAUACUCUCAAACCAACACACAUUCACCCCGAUACAUAAUCACCCCACCCCAAAUAACCCCGAACCCCCUAACCAACCCCCCAAACCUAGUAGCGAUUACCCCACCCCAAAUAAUCCCAUACCCCCUAACCAACCCCCCAAACCUGGUAGCGACGCUGAAAGAAUCCAACGUUUAUUGUCCCAAGUUUCCGAGGACCUCACCCACGCUGUACCCCCAAAUCCAGCCCCGAAACCCUUCACCCCUACAAGUAAACCAAUCUCUUUGAAAGUGAAACCGAAACCUCAACAAAUAUUAUCAACCAAGUCGAUUUUGGAGGAGUAAGGAGCAAUAGGCGAUGUAUGUUUGUUUUAAUAAAUAUUUAAAUAUGAACUUUGGUGUAAGCAGCAAUUAUUCCUCGUGUGGUUGGAACAUCUAUUGUAGUAAACAUUGCAUAAAGUUGCCGGGAAUUUGACCUCAGAAGUUAAAAUACUACAGUUAUCAGCGGCGUACUGGCAGCAGCAUUGUAAAGGGUAAUACCAAUGAAAAAUCAAAAUUUGUUUGUUGAUAGAGAUGCUCAAAUGUUGUCUCAAGGUGGACCAAACUUAAUGUACGACCAAACUUUCAUAAAACAGUUUAUUAAAAAGUAUAAAGCCGAGAUAAUGCAUUGGACUUCCCAUAAGAAAAAGUGUCGUUCAACUUAGAUCUUUUCUAGUUUCUAAACUACAGUAGAAGUAUUUUCGAGUUUUCUUACGGUAAUUGCUUUUUCAAUGUGAAUAUAUAUAUUUAAAAGUUAUAAAAUUUAGACAAUGAAAUGGGUUUUUAAAUUUGCCGGAUAUUACAAGUUUAUUAUGUAAUAUGUUUUAAUUUUCCGAUUAAACAUAGCUACUUAUAGGUUUACUUGUCAACACUUUUUCUCGCAUUAAAGAAGUUAUUUCCACCAUAUUUAAUAUUAAAGAUGUUCAUUAUGUUUUAUUGGUACCUGCUGUAUGCCCCUUUAAUGUUGUGUGUAUUAAACUAAUAGAGAAGGUA